AUGGCUGCUGUCCGGGGAAAGAAGGGGGAAAGCAGCGGCAAUAAGAUGAGAGAGGAGGACGGAGAGGAGGACGGAGAGGAGAACAUCCUCUACGACUUGCUGAUCAACACCGAGUGGCCGCCGGAGUUUGAGGUCCAGCCCAGAGGCAACCAGAAGCAUUAUGCAUCAUUUAUCAUCACAAGAGUGAUUAUGGUAGUGCAACAUUAUCUCUCCCUGCUGGAUUUGUCCGCCUGGUUAGUAAACAGAUGAAUUGGCAUCUAGAACUUGCAAG